CACUAAAGGCACCUCAAUCCAUCCAUGGUGCCUGGUACUCAGCGAGGGAGCGAGAGGUGUCGACACACACAGACGCAGACACAGACACACACACGCAUGCACAGACAGACAGACAGACAGACCCGCAGAUUCACUUACUGUACCCCAACCAAAUGUGUAGAGAGAUAGCAAACAGAUUAUGUAAUACAUACAAGACAUGGUUGAUUGAUUGAUGGAUUGACCAAACAAGACAGACACGAAAUAGCUGACUGCCCACUGCCGUGCAGUACAACGGAAAAAACGACCACCACAGCACAUCCUCUCUCUCUCUCUCUCUCUCUCUGUGUGUGUGUGCGGUUGCGUGUGUGUGUGUGUGUGUGUGUCUCCCUCUCUCAGGGCAGACUCAGAUUCUUGUUGACCCAUGCGAUCGCGCUCCCCACCACCUCCUUGACCCGCUCAUUGCCCUUGCCAUAGCAGCCAACGUACAGGACCGCACUCACAGCAGUGACAGGCACAAAGGCAACGAACUCCAUCCACUCGACCACCGGCACAAAAGCUCUGGGAGGCCACACGAAUGUCGCCGAGACAUAGCAGAAGGGGAACACCAGCGACGCCAGCAGGUUGGUCAGCACGGUGGCGUGCAUCAGCCGGCCCGCCUUCUUGUCCUGCGGCUGCAUCAUCAGAGCCACCGCUGCCGUGCAGCUCUGCACCAGGGACGCACAGAGAAAUGCGGCGGCCGUCACGAAUCGAAAACGGGCAUAGACAUCGCCGAUGGAGAAAAGCACCACAGCGACGCCAUUGACCAAACUCGCCACGAAGAAGUAGCGCCUCUUGGUCUGCUCGCUCUUCGUCUCGAUGGCCCCGUUAAGAGCGUCGAUCCUCUCUCCCAGCAGCAGCACAGUCGCCACAGAGGACACCAGCACCGCCAUUCCAAUCCACACAGGCACCGGGCCGUCCACAGGCGAUGUUCCGGCGAGGUAGGAGAAGUCUGCAGCGGGCGGUGAGGCGACUCCCGUCAUGGCACAGACAAGCGCCGCAGCCAGGGCGAGCGCCAGGGAUGACAGCAGGGCUGGCGAGGGCCGGGGGAGGGUGGCGGGCUUGGGGACGGUGAGGGAGCAGAAGUAGGUGAAUGGCACGAUGGCCGUCCAGAAGGCGACGAAAAGGGCGGCCUCGAAGCAGUCCACCAUUGCUUUCUGGCCCAGCACAGGAGGGAAGACGCCCACUGAGGAUAAUGAGUUACAACAGCAAUUGCAAGGGAUCAACAUUGGCAGCGGCGUGUCAACCUCGCUCGUACAGGCAGGCGCUUACAUGUCUUGCCGGUCACUGUCAGCACUGGGGCAUAGAAACGUUGCAGAAUCGGCACUAUCAUGCCGAGCGAAGCCUGCAUCACAGCCCCGAUGUUGGUGGACACAUCAUGCCGCCUCGCCGCAUCCCAGGCCGCCUGCACCGCAGACACCACCGGCCCGAUCGCAAUCAGCACCAGAUCGUAGUAGAAGGACGCCCCGCCAAAGGCAUAGGAGGCCGGUGAUCUGAACAAAUGAUGGGCCAGCACCGCCAGACACGACACGAUGUACGUCGAGAGCGCCACGCGGCCGAUCUGCCGGUGCAGGUCGAUGUGUUUGCGCCGGAUGAAUGGCGCGAACUGGAGGGGAAAUAGGACGGCGUUGAGUCCCACGAGCGCCAAGUGGACGAGCAGGAAGAACUCGGCGACGGGAUGAGAGUUGUGUCGCCCGCCGCUGAGCACGGCACCGACAUCAUUGUCGCCUGCAAUGAUGUUCUGAGACCUGAAGGAGGACGGCAGUCACCACACGGACACACAAGCAGACAGGCAGGCAGGCAAUGGCGAAAGGUCUAUCAUCGCCCAUUGCAAUGUAUGUCGGGAUACCUGUUGAGUAUGUGCAGCCCCUUCUUGCCGGACGGCCCCCCCAGCACAACGGCGAUGGCGUCCAACGCAGAAGCCCCGCCCCACAUCUGUGGACACACACACACACACACACAUGGACAGGCACAGAAGAGAAGUGCUGAUAGGAUGAUUGGUGUGACAUACAUACGGCAGCAGAGCAGAGCAGCCUCGCUGCAGUCAGUCACCUCGAAUCCGAUGAAUGCGGCGGCGAUGAGAAGGCCGGCGCCUCGCAGGAGAGAGGAAGCUGACAGCGAAGCCAUCUGAAGUUGAAGGCGAGAGGCUUCGACUGUGGAUCUGUCGCAAUGCAAUGACGGCUGGCCCUUUCUCCU